GUGGCGGGGGAUGAUGGUGGUUAAGACGAGAAGGACGUUAACGCGUACGUCGUACGCGACGAUCAUACUUGGAAGCGUAGAGAGCAAGCGAUGGUUAGGGUCAGGAUCAGGCGGGCCGCUUAAUGCCGUUACGUGGUUCGCUUCGAUCAUUCUCACUGCCAACUUUCACCAUGUCUGUCAGCGACGACGCCAGCGUUCAAGCAUCAAUAGAGGAGGUUUGGUAUCUCAAAGAAAUCACCUUCAAGUUUGACCGGGAUGCUCCACCACGUCGAGUGAAGAUAAUCACUCAGAAUUUCAACGGACCAUGUUCCCUCAUUGCAAUAUGUAACAUCCUGCUUCUCCGCGGAGACAUCGAGAUAUUGCCGCCUGAGAGGAAGACAGUCUCAUACGAAAUGCUGUCCCAACUGGUCGGAGAGUACCUCCUAACGUCUUGUCCAGACGUCGACAUAUCUGCCGCCUUGUCAAUAAUGCCCCACACGAUCAAGGGGAUGGAUCUAAAUCCAGUGUUUACCGACGCCACCCGAUUCCGGCCGGCAGGCGCGGGCGGCGAACUGAAAUUGUUCGAACAGGCUGGGAUCAAGCUGCUUCACGGCUGGCUUGUAGACCCUGAUAGUCCAGAAUAUGCUGUAGUUUCUAAGACGAAGGACUACGACCAUUCAGUCAACCUCAUUGUUGAGGCGGACCACAUAUCAAAGGGCCGACUUGUGGUCGCCGAAGAUGACCAUGGACCUGGACCUUCAUCGUCAUCCAACCAGGCCGGGCCCAGUGGAGCCAGUAGUAUCACGGCUCAUCCAAACCUCACGGACGACGAGAGGAAGAAAGUGGAAGACGCCAUCGUGAUUCAGCAUUUCCUGGAUAGAACACAAUCGCAAUUAACGUACUACGGGCUCUUUAACCUCGCCUCUACCCUUUCUCCAGGCUCACUCGUAGCCCUCUUCCGUAACUCUCAUUUAUCCGUGUUGUACAAAUCCCCCAAUCCUGACGAUAGCGCUCUUUAUUCUCUCGUAACCGAUCAUGUGUUUCUGCAUGAGCCCUCGGUUGUGUGGGAGCGUGUAGAAGACGUGGAAGGUGGUGCAUCCACCUUCGUUGAUUCCGAAUUUGUUCGCGCGAGUCCCGCAGGUGGCGAUUAUGCCGGACACACGGGGGAAAGUGCGCUGGCAGCCCUCGAAGCGGACACGGCAGCCAUGACGCUAGAAGAGCGAGCCGAUCAUACAUUGGCGAGAGAGCUGCAAGCACAGGAAGACGCAGAGGCGCGAGAGGUUCGGGCUAAACGGGAGAAUGAACGUGCACAGCGCGAAGGACAGCGGCGACUGACAGAGGAGACGAAGGCGCCAGAAAGGCAUCGGAAACGCAAGAAGGAGUGUAUCAUAAUGUGAUCCAGUUUUUCCUGGUUUAAUUGGGGAACACCCCGCCCUAUUUCCUGCUUUAUCCUACUGUAUUGGUUUUCUUCAUGUAGUAUGAAUGGAUGAUACCUAGUAGGGCUACAUGGCCCUAGACCUCGGAACCCCUGAAUGGCGUGUGGGGGUGCAUCAUGUAUCACAAGCUCACACAACGCGUUACCAACUCUCUGGACCUCAGCUACAAACAUAUUCUCAUCCUCAGCGUUGAACUGCCCAGACUAAUCCCAGCAUACCCAGAGUCGUCAUUGCAGUAUAGAAGCUCGAGUGGGACGAUCGAUCGUGGUCCUCCCAUGACAAUUACACAUAAUUGACUGC